AUGUCGGUGUCCGACGUGAACAACUGGCGUGGGCUCAAUUCCGAAGGUAUUUCACCAGCAACAUGUUCAUGUUGCCAGAACAUCAAAGUAAUUGAAAUUGUCCGAUCGUGUCCGUGUGCAACUGCAAGAAUUAUUUGCUCUGUCCGUCGGUGCGUUCCCGACACGGUUUUUGACCGGGUCGUUUUACGAUUACAUGCAUGCUAUUGUCCCUGUUAUCACCUUUCAUAGUGACCGUAGAGACGUGGUCUGACAGUAUUUCGGUGAUACUGGCAGCUCUGGACAAACCUUGAGGUAAGCGAAAGCGCAGGGAGCUACUUCUACUAGAGCAAAACUCAUGUAGGUGCCCACUGCCUCCACAAUCAUCCAGGCCAAUUCCUGAUAACUUUCCGUGCGGGAACGAUGAUGUGGCACGAGGAGAUGGCAUCUUGUGCCCACUCUCUGACCGGCUAUACACACUACUUGCGCAUGUACCCCCAGCCUAAGGCACUUCUGGAUCCAAUCGUUCAUAGACGGUUCACAUCAAAAACAUCAAAGACGUGGCGACAUGCCGCGUAUGCCGAAGAGACCUCUAGAUCAUCAAUAUGCUUAAUCCGGGCACAUCAUCAGGAGCUGUCUGUACUUGUUUUUAACAGACACGACGGGCAAAGCACGUCAACGAACACCCACAAAACCAGCAGAGAAGGGAGAACAAGACUCGUGACACGAGUCAAGCAAGCGACGCGCAUUCGUCGCAAGGACCUUCUCAAGGAGGUCACGCCAAGUCUCAAACAUGCAGUUUUUUCACAUAACUGCAACAAGAGACGCGCCCUGUUUCUAUGCUAACUCUGUGCUUCUUUUCACUUCGCUACCUUUAAGGCUUGGCCUUUCUUCUUUCAUCAGAGUGUUCAUAGCGUGCCACAUUUUUCAACACUCUGCUACUCGUGCCCCCUUCUCCUUAACUAACGGAGGAGCCUCAGCAAGGUCUACCCCAGGCAAGGUAACCUGAAGAGGCUCCUCGACGUGCUGCUCUCUUGUUUUUUCGUCUUCGAUCGCAGUGAUCGCAUCCACGGAGAUUCCCCGGAACAUAAGUGGCGCCGUCUUUACCAUUUUCAGCCCGUUCACCUUAGUUGCUAUCAUUGAUUUUUGCUGCAGGCGAGUCCAUUUUCAUAGUCCUCGCCUUGGGCUCUUCUUCCCACGUCCAGACAUCAUCUUGCAGCAUGAUUUUUCUAAUCUCAGCCCUGGCGCUAGAAUUGUUCUGCGUUCUUCGUCGGUAAUACGGCAAAGGGCCUCCAACUCUUACGGCCAGCAUUUCCAGCGCAGCCACUGCGAAGCAAGCGCGUCAUUGCCAUCGCUCUCUCGUGUGUGAUCUCCUGUAGCCCUUCCAUCGCCACCGCGUCCCCUUUUGGCUCUUCUUCCUCCUCUCCGUUAAUCAAAUCCGUAGCAGCUGCUCGUAGUAGUGCCUGGCGCCUGGUCUUCUUUGUCCGAGCUUCUCUCUUGUAUUCCUUCAAAAGAGGGCCUAUCAAGGAGAUACUUUUUGCAGAUCUCAUACUUUCCCCGCUUCAGAACCGCCAAGAAGUCAGCAGUUACAUUGUCAAUCAACGACGUCCUAACAUGAAGGGGUGCGUAAGAAAGGAAAGGCCGGGGGCUACUGAGCGGGACAGCAGGAUCAUGACGGGGAACAGGGGAGUCAGACCAACCGUAACGAGGAUUACAUAAUCACCCUUUGCGCAUUAAUCAGCUCACUUUUUUGCAUUUUCAGGCUCUUUUGAAAACUAUUAAUAAAGCACACAUUUGUAUGCGCGAAUAGUCCAAAGGGAAGGGCUUGUGGCACCUGGGUGGGUAUCAUUUGGCACCGCCGUUUUAAACCGAUGACCGACAACCAAUAUUCACCAUCAGCAUAAUAAACCAAGGAGACACGAUCGAAACGAAGCAAACCCGCUAUCAACUUAUUCACCGAACCCGCCGUCGCGAGAAGCUCUCACUCUCAGUAUUAACCUAAAACACUUCCUAGUGAAGUGGGCUGCCCUAGACCGAUUCAGGACGACGAAAAGUAGUGAAACCGAUCUACAUUGGUUAAUACUAGUAAGACUUCUCUGUGCAUCGACGUGCGAAAAUUUGUCUGUCUCAUGUUCGAAAAUUUGAUUACGAAGAUCACACUCAUAAUUAUUAACUUUGGGACGCGUGUUGAUGACUCUACGCAUAAUCCAUUAACCAGGCUGGAUGCGCUUCUUGGCGCUGGUGGCACUGAGUUGGGCAAUGCCCGUAGUCGGCGUGAUAAUGAUGAUCGGAGUUGCCCAGCUUUCUUCACACGGUCUCGGCGAUGUUGAAGAGGACAGCGUACCACGCCGUUUGCCUGCGACUGCAAGAAGUACAGUUUCUUCCUUAAAAACAUGCCGCGACUUUGAAAUCUAUUUCAAUCUGAUUUUGCUCCAUAUAUUUAGAUUUGCUUGGCCUUCGUUCUGGAGAUCAUUAUACUAUUUAAAAGAAGAUAAAGUGUCACCUAGAACACCUGCAUUAAAAAGAAGAAUUUGAUUGUUCGAAUUUCAUUUCUCUCUUCUGAUCUGUCCACAAAGAAGCCGGAAACGCAGCGCAACGACGUGGAGGCGAAACGAUAGCAACGCUCGCGGCCUCCGCGUCGGAGGAAUUGAGCUUUCAAGAACUCGUGCGAAGCACGUGUUGCGACAACUCGGGGUCGUGCUGUUGCGACGAUGGUGGACAUUCUUGCGACCGUGUGCCCAGCCUGCAAGAGACCCGCGGAUUGCGGAGACGCGAUCUGAAACAAGGUGGUAGAGCUGACAACAGGCACCAGCUACCUCACGACGGGAAAAGCAGCUCCGAGCAUCAGCCCGCAACGACAGACGUGCAGGCCCCGAAAGCGAGUACGACUGAAAACGAACACCAACCGCCCCACGCGGUUACAAGCCCUAAGCAUCAGCCUGCAGCGACAGACGUGCAGGACCCGAAAGCGAGUACGACUGAGAACGAACACCAACCGCCCCACGGGGUUACCAGGAGCCCGAAGCAACAUCACACACAGACGACAGACGCGGAAACUCCGGAAGUCGCAAGUAGGGCCGCUUCACGAACAUCAGAAAAGAACGAGUUGUCCGCAGCACGUGCUAGCAAAGCGCGCUCUCUCAGUCCAAAGGGACUCGAAGUGUCUGCAGCCACUCCCGUGGAACUUGAUGCGGAGCAGUUACCUCACGGGCUGACCAGCCUCAAGUACCCGCUCGCAAUGGCAGAUGUAGCGAGUGCGGCAGUGGAUUGGUCAACGUAUCAGCGCCCACUCAUCGGGUUCGAGAACCUGGGCACCACGUGCUACAUGAACGCUUCACUGCAGGCCUUUCUUACGGUCGCAUCUUCAUAAAAUUGACUAAGAGUAAGAUGAACAGGAAAUGCUUUUUCACUUCUUGCAUUCCCUGCCGUGCUGAUUAUUUAGUUUACUUAUCUUCAUGCACAAUUUGUCAAUAGAUCGAUGAAUAUCAAUACGGACGUCCAUGUGUCUGCAAAAAAUUUCAAUGUGAAGUCGAUAAUCCCAGGAGCAGGACCUCCCCCAAUUCUAGUUUUUGCAUGCGCUCCGCUAGUUCCCGUGGCGAGAAGAAAUGAAUAGUACCCAUAGAUACAUAUAUCAAAAUCAUCAUCCCCCGUAUCAUCCCCCCAUACUGGUCGCGGUUGGAAUUCUCCGGACAUACUGACUACAUUAUUGACGGAUUCCCUGGCUCUACUAAUGUUUUGUCGCUGCCGCCACUAGUGGAAUUUAUGCGCAAUAUCGAAAAGAAUCAGAACGAAGUGGCAAAAGCGGAUGCGCGUCUGCAAAUUUGCUUGGGCACUGCAGUACUACUUCUGAAAGCGUAAGUACCUUGCGCUGGAGAUUGAGUAGAAUAGACUUUCGGCAUGUAUUCGUCUUUAAUGCCUGAGUAAAUUAUAAUGCUAAGUAGUUUACUCAGGCAGCCCAUCUGCAUUAUCGUCAGCCUCAGAGCAGAGGCAUGGUUCCCAAGUGUCCAGAGCAUACUCGAUAUUGUUUGAGGAUCCAUAAUUUAACCUGAGUAACAAGGUGACGACCAUUGUCAGAUGAAAGUUGCGAUGUGUCCCGAACUACAAGUGGAUUCAACUUUGUACUCUCAGUGUAGCUCCUGCUGAUCCCCGAUCUAUCUCCAGGACAAGAGAGCCUCACGGAUGGACACACCAGUGACGGAGGGUGACUCGCAAGCGCAAUUGGUUGAAGAGUUUCGACAUUUGGUUGUGGAUGAAAUUUUUACCAAGGACAAUAUCAUGCAUCUUCAGGAGAGUGGUGACGGCGCUCUAGCGCCGCUUUCCAGGACCGGCAUGCGCGAGAACGUGUUCUGUCCCAUGGCAUUGGCAUCGAGUCCGCAACCAGCGUGGGUGGGAAGUGGGGACGACUGCAAGAAGAACUAUCUUGAUCGCUGCCAGCAGGAUCCAGAUGAGUUUUUCCGCUGGUUUUUUCCUAGUAUUGCGGAAGUGCCAUUGCUGACCGUCGGCCACCAGCACCGAAGCAUCAUACGCAACCUUUUCGACGUUAGCACGCUCAACACCAAGAAACCGCUGGCGGCAGAGGACCCGCAAAGCGAGUACCUGCUCAUAAAGGAAAAAGUCGAGUCGGAAGUCGCCUUGAUUUUGCGCAGGAUCGACCAGGCAGCCGACGAGCUCGGCGAUGACCCGAUUCCGCUGCGCCGACUGCUGAGUUUGAACUACGGCGAUGCCGGAGACGAGCACAUUGACGACGUGGAGUUCGAAGACGCGGCUGGCGGAACGGCACGCUUAGCCACUCUAUCGCACAAUAGUCUGGCCGCGCUGCCGCCAAUCCUCGUUAUGCAGCUCUCUCGCUUCGAAUUCGACUUUUCCACCAUGGAGACACGAAAAUUGAAUCACCAAGUCGAUUUUCCACUGACAGGACUGUACGACUUUGGAGGGCAAAAAUAAAACACAAUUCAGUAUACGGUUACGGUUACUUAGGUAGACUGUACUCCGACUCCCUGCUUCGACAAAGUCGAUCCCGAGGUUGACAUUGACAAGGCUUGGCAUGAUUUUUAUCUUUACUACGUCCUUGCCCUUGCUUUUGUUUUUGGGUUGUUUGUGUGGUCGUGUCACAGGAAACUCAAAUUGAUGAGACACGACAUAGUCGCACAAUAAUGAUAGAGGUGCUAGGUUGUAGGUCGUUAGGUAAACCAAGAGCUGCGAUAAGUUUUUGAUUGGAGGCGAGUGGAAGUUGAUUGGAGGAGGGGUUUUUAUAUUCUGGCAAAGUUCUUUUGUUACUUAGAGCAUUAAUAAGGUUAAUAACCGAUGAAGUGGAGGGAUGUGGUCAGGGCUCUGGGCCAUGAGCACCACCUGCAGCCCAGAGCUCCCGGCACAAGGAAAACAAGAGCCAGCCUGUAAGUCCUUACAAAGUAAGUGCAUAAAAUAUUACAGAGCAGCGCUAGAAGAAGCAUUACAUUCAAUGUCGCUUCUCCCUUUCCACCUUCAAAAAUCGGAUAUGCGGGAGUUUCUCAGCUUGCCAGAGAAUGCCGCGGACGCACAAAAGGCAGCAAGUACCACCUACGAUCUUGCGGCGGUGAUUUGCCACAGCGGGGUUGAGCACUCUGCGCAGAGUGGGCACUAUUACACUGCUGCGAGGUUAUGAAAAACCAAAAACUAGCUCUACUCCUACUUAGAAUUCUCAUCUUGAAUUAGGUGUGUUCUAAGUUGUCUAAAAGUUGGCUUUCACAAUUGUCGUGGUCCUCCUGUAAAAAAAUGUUCGGGUAGUACGAGGAGGUGCUGACAACAAAGCAAGUAGUUGAAGUACUAGUUAGUUUUACAUUUACAUAGUCCAGUAUCUAAAUGCUUUGGUGAGACUGAGAACCCCUAUUUCCUUCAUUGAGAGUCUCCGAUACGCGAUGGGCCAUGUUCAACGAUGAGCACGCGGAUCCAGUCGACACUCUUGAUAUCGACAUAAUGCGCACCGCUUACAUGCUUUUCUACACUCGUCGUGUGCCGGAUACUGCGUCGCCUAACACUGUCGAGAUGGCUCAUUAAAGCCUAUUACUAUUUUUUCAAGACUCGCAGCAUAGAAAUCCUAGAAAGCGACAGGGCGGAGCAGCUACUGCGGAAGCGAAUGAGAUGCCCUCAAUGAUGAUGACUCUUUCUCGCUGUGGAGAUCAUGUUCAUCACUAUCAGGUCUAACGAACAGGAACAUUCACAUCUGAAUCUUUAUAGGGAAGCAGUUCCUGAUGAGGGGACGAAGGGCAAGUAUUUUUAUAUUACAACAUGUUAUUUUCACGUCCGCGUUUCAACAUGAAACUUUCAAUUUAUUUCAUGUAAAAAGGUGUACUACCUAGCUCUCAUAGUAAUUAUACUGAAGAGUUGUAGAGAGUUUGAACAGACAACGUUUAUAUUUUCACACGGAAAACCCGUACUGGCGAUUCUGUGGAGUACAAGAAUCCUUUCAGAAUGGUUUGGUAUAUCAAAAAGGCAAUAAUAGCGCAGCUUGGCUGGUAUUCGUAGAGGACGACUUCUAAUCCUAGAGUUGCAGACACUUGUUAAUGGCUUGCACAAAGACAAACGAGAGCUCCGAAGUUUCAAUGCAGACGAGAGUCGUCGGUAUCUUCUGUAGCUGGGAUGCUGAAGCAGAGGUUCUUUGAACACUGGUCUCUUUGGGCAGUGGUGUUUCGG